UUUUAGAUGAAAAUGACCAUUUAAAACAUGGGAUCAAAUCAGUUAUAUUGGACAUAGAAUCAUCUGCAAUAAAUGUGACAAAUACUACACUUGAUUUGAUCUCAGAAUACCCUACUGAUAGAGGCAAAUUCACUGACAACAUUACCGAUUUUUACUUAAAGAAACAAAUCAUCGCAUAUGGUCCAUGUAAGCCAACAAACCAAUAUUUUUUGAAAAAUGUCAGUUUGAAAAAUGCUGGUCGUUCUUUUUUAAUUGAUUAUUAUCAUUUGACUACUAAAACUGGAAUGAAAAUUCCAAGGCAAUGUUAAUGUUUUUCGGUUAUAAUGAGUAAGGUAUACUGUGAAACUUGUUGGCUCUUUGCUAACAGAUUGAACAGAAAUUUUAAGUAUAACUGAAUUCAUGGUAUAUGUGACGAGAUUCGAAAUGUUCAAUGCUUUACAAUAAUAAUGGACUCGACUCAAGAUAUCACAAAAGUAGACCCGGUUAGUUUAAUUAUAAGAUAUGUUGUAGUUGAUUAUGAAGAAAAAUCUUUCAGAAUAAUGGAAUCUUUUUUGGGAUUUUAUCCAUUAAUUAAUCAUGGUACUGAAGAUAAUGUUAAUUUAAUUUAUGAAUUAUUGAAUAACUUGGACAUAAAAAGAUGUAGAGGUCAAGGGUAUGAUGGGGCAUCAGUUAUGAGUGUUGCAUAUACUGGUGUCCAAAAAAGGAUUUCAGAUGUCGUAUCAAGUGCUUCCUACAUUCAUUGCACAGUUCAUAACCUCAAUUUCGUUAAUUCUAAUAUUGCUAAAAGCUCUCAAAAAGUAGCAUUAUUCUUUGAUGUUGUACAAAAUACAUUUCUGUUCUUUAGCAAGAGUGCACCUGAUGGACAUCGUUGACUUUUGGUGAAAAAACUACAGAUCAAAUAAGAAAUAAGGUAUUAAAAAACUAUGUGUCACUCGAUGGGAAGCAAGACAUAACACUGUGUAUUCACUUAAAUUUAUAUUUAUGUUUUAAAAUCUUUAACCAAUA